AUGUCUACAUUUCCGGUGCGAGCGCUAUAUGCGUAUCAACCCGAACAAAGCGAUGACCUUCCUUUCCAAGAGGGUCAGGAAAUUACUGUAACAGAAGUUUUGGAUGAUGAGUGGUAUGCGGGCACUUAUGUUUCCGCUGAUGGCCGAACUCUGGACGGCAUGUUCCCGAUUAACUAUGUUGAAAAGAUCGUGGUAUCCACCCCAGCAGUACCUGCGGCGCCACAAACUCGACCCACACGUGUAUCAAAGGCGAUUGAGUCCCCAAAACAAGAAGAUGACGAUUGGGGCUCCGCCGCUGAGGACGAGGAAGAGGAGAAGGAGAUUGUCCUGGGCGCGCCUACCAAACUCGAUACGACAGCAUUGACACCUCCGCCAGCUGCAGCUGCAGCCACAGAUUCUUCUAAAGUUGAAGCUGCUCCAAUUGAGCAACAGGAUGCCGAUGAAGUCACUGUGGCGCCCGCUACUGCGCCCGCUGCCGCAUCGGCUGUUGAGGUCGAGCCCGCUUCCGUGGUCAAGGAAACGCGCGAUCAAUUGGCUUCACCCACAGAACCAAAGAGCGAUACGAAACUGUCUGCGACUGAUGCUAAACGCGAGAAUGUUGAAAACGCCCCCGCGAAAGGUACGCACCCAGAAGAAGUUGGCGCUAAACCGGAAAGCAAGCCAGCAGGCAAAUCUGGGCCAGCUUUCAAAGAUCUUCGUCCGACAGAAAGCGAAGAUGAAGGAGAUCCUAGUGAGUCUCUUGUUUCAAACUUCAAAUCACGAAUGGCUAUUUUCAAUCAGCCAAAAUCUGAGGACUCCAAACCAGACGCUAAGCCGCCGCCAAGACGUUCAUCUACCCAGUUCUCAUUCGCGACAACUGAUGAGGAUAUCCAACUUGAGGUGAAACCGGUUCCUCCCAAGCGAUUUGGCACGACUUUUGAGCCUAUUCAAGAUGAUAGUGUCCAGCGCAAACCUUCCGAUGCCGCUGCCGAAGAGGAGGGUGAUGUACCACGUAUGUCGCUCAAAGAGCGUAUCAAACAGCUUCAGCAGCGCCAGGAAGAGGAGCGACGCGCUCUAGAGGAGGCCGAGGAGCGCCUAAAGCAACGUCAAGCUGAGCGCCAAGCAGAGUUGCAAGCUCGGAAAGCUGCACUUUCAGAGAAACAGCAGGCUUCCGCUGGUACUGUUCCUGAUUUGAAGGGCGAUGAGACUGAUGUAAUUGACGCUCAAGCCCAAGUCGAGGAUGAAGAUGUUGAGGAGGCCGGGUUUGAAAGGACUAACACGCAAGACGAUGCUGCACCUGUCGAAGAACAGGAAGAUGCUAGUCCUGAGGAAGAUGACGAGGAAGAGGCUAGAAAGAUUGCGUUACGAGAAAGAAUGGCCAGAUUGCAUGGUGGUAUGGGCGGUUUUGGUUUUGGUGGGCCGCCAAAACGUGAGCCUCGUGCACCCCGUGGUCUGGACGCAAUGACUCCUGAAGAGCGUGAACGUGAAGAGGCAAGGCUGGCAUUUGAGACCGCUCAACCUAGAUCUGUUAUGGGCUUAGGAACAGAGAUGGAUGCUACUUUAUUAAAGAGGUUAGGACGAGCAGAGCCCAAGCCUGAGGAGACUGAAGAUGAAGCGCCUAGUGAGGGCGAGGAUGCUGAAGUUGCUGAGGAACUUGCUGAGGAAGGUGCUGAGGAUGAUGAUGAGAAUCUAGAAUAUACUUCAACACCCGAGACCAUAGAUCCUGCGGCUGUGUCCAAUUCAAGAGCUACCGCUACGGCAGUGCUCUCUGCACCAGCUGUACCCUCUGCCCCGGCUGUACCUUCUGCCCCGGCUGUACCCUCAGCACCUGCUGUACCUUCUGCCCCGGCUGUACCUUCUGCCCCGGCUGUGCCCUCGGCACCUGCUGCACCUUCUGCCCCUGCUGUUCCUGGAUCAAGGCCAGCACCUGCUGCACCUUCUGCCCCUGCUGUUCCUGGAUCACGACCAGCACCAGUUCCUCCGACAGCACCUGCAUCGCAUGUACAGACUCAACCGGUUGUCACAGCCGCCCCUUCAUCUCCGCAACCUGUACAGAGCUUAGAAAAGCGCUUGACAGCAGAAACAAUGCCUCAGACAGCCCCGCCAGUUCCUACACAAUCGGAGUUGGUUGCACAGAGUGACUUGGCUGAUGAAGAAGACAACACAGACUCCGAGCCUGAAAUCCAUACGCCACCACCAGUAAGUUCGCCAAAGCGUGAUAUUCCGGCACCCUUAAGACCCCCUGUGCCGUCUGUCAUGACAGCAGCUAGGCCCAUCAGUUCGAGUAGUGGCGAUGCAGACAUUGAUACUGACGCCCAAACGUCUCCUAUCAGAGCACCACCGUUUCCCCCGGCACCUGGACAGGCACCAGUGCCUCCUUCACCGGCUAGAGCACCACCGAUUCCUCAACCACCGAUGACACGGGCGCCAGUGCCUCCUUCACCAGGUCGAGCACCGCCGGUUCCUCAGCCGCCCAUGACACAAGCACCUGCUGUACCGCCCCCGGCCCCUGCAUCACCACCCCAAAUUCCGUCAUCACCGCCGCGGCAAAUGCCCUUGACCCGGGCACCUCCUGUUCCAACGGCACCAACACCCACGCUGAGUAGCCCUCCUGGUCCGCCACCGCCUGCGCCCGGAGCAGUUCCACGCCCACCACCACCUGCAACUUCUGCGCCGCCAAUGCCUCCUCCUCAUCACACAGCCGCACCUCCUGUUCCUGCUCCAAGUGCUCGUGCGCCCGCCCCGGCAGUGCCUCAGGCCCCGGCACCACCCGCUGCUCCUGCGGCCCCGGCUGGCCCAUCGCAUUCUCGGAAUCACUCAAACCUCUGUGAUGUGGGCACAAACUGGUAUAGCCAGCCUAGAGGCGUGCCUCCUGCACUUUUGAAAAUGUCUCACGUUUUGUAUGAGGUCGAGGAGUCAGAGACAACUAAACGCGGGGGUAAGGUCGUGGUUAACCGAGAGAUCUACAUUCUUCGACCUGACCUGUCACAGACCGUGAUUAAUCUAUCGUUCGACAAGGCGAACCCUGAGGACGUUCAGAUCGACCAACACGACGAAGCGACCCCGCGCAUUGACGCAGCUAUUUUGAAGUCUGAAUCUUCGAGAUUUGGCCCUGCAAUCUUGUCUGCUGCUCAAGCCAAGCCUCCAAGCACGGUUGCUGGCGUCAAAGAUCUCCUCAAGACAGUGAGCGGCGUUCUUCCAUCCGUCGGCAGCUCGUUCGGUGUAAGCAUUUAUGAAAACUUUGGUGCCUCUGCACGUCAAACAGAAGAGCUGCGCCCGGGCGAUAUUGUAGUUUUUGACAACGCCAAGCUGCAGGGGUCUAAAUCGCCCCUGCAAAAGUAUCACCGUGAUGUCAACGGCUCCUAUGUCCUGUCCGCUUGGGAUGGUGCAAAGAAAAAGCUGCAUCUGGUGGACUCAAAGAAGGACACAGUGCGCCUCAAUGACCUUAGAAGCGGCAGUAUUCGUAUCUACCGUGUCGUUGGACGCGAUCUUCUAGGCUGGGAAUAG